AGUGUGGAAAUCAUCACACCAAACUUUGUGCAUAGUCAUCUUCGCCAUUCACAUUACCAUUUCCUCGAGAGACUUCUCUUCUCUCCUCCUCCUCCUUCUUCUUCCUCCUCCAUGGCUUUCCUUCAAGACCAGUUUCAACGCCACUACCAACCCCAACCCCAACCACAACCACAACCACAAACCAAUUCUUUCAGAAAUUUAAGAACAAUUGAUGGUCAGAUGUCGCAGCAGAUGGCGUUUUACAACCCAACUGAUUUGCAAGAUCAGUCUCAGCAUCCGCCUUACAUUCCUCCAUUUCAUGUUGUUGGCUUUGCUCCGGGUCCAGUUCUUCCUGCUGAUGGAAGUGACGGUGGUGUUGAUUUGCAUUGGAAUUUCGGAUUGGAACCGGAGCGGAAGAGACUAAAAGAACAGGAUUUUUUGGAGAACAAUUCACAGAUAUCUUCUGUGGAUUUUCUGCAACCUCGAUCUGUGUCAACGGGAUUGGGAUUGUCGCUUGAUAAUACUCGUCUAGCUUCAACCGGAGACUCGGCUUUAUUGUCGCUUAUUGGGGAUGAUAUUGAUCGUGAGUUGCAGCAGCAGGAUUUAGAGAUGGAUAGAUUUCUCAAACUGCAGGGUGAGCAAUUGCGGCAAACCGUUUUAGAAAAAGUUCAAGCAACACAACUUCAGUGUGUUUCAAUCAUCGAAGACAAGGUCAUUCAGAAGCUUCGAGAGAAAGACACCGAGGUAGAAAACAUCAACAAACGAAACAUGGAGCUUGAAGACCAAAUGGACCAAUUAAGUGCAGAAGCGGGAGCUUGGCAACAACGUGCCAGAUAUAACGAAAACAUGAUAGCUGCUCUCAAGUUCAACCUUCAGCAAGCUUAUCUCCAAAGUAGAGACAGUAAAGAAGGAUGCGGCGACAGCGAAGUAGACGAUACAGCUUCUUGCUGUAACGGACGUUCUCUUGAUUUUCAUCUCCUCUCGAAUGAAAACUCCAAUAUGAAAGAAGCGAUGAAAUGUAAGGCAUGCAGAGUGAAUGAAGUGACGAUGGUGUUGUUACCGUGUAAGCAUCUUUGCCUCUGUAAAGAUUGUGAAAGUAAGCUUAGUUUUUGUCCGCUAUGUCAAUCCUCAAAAUUCAUAGGCAUGGAGGUCUACAUGUAACUGGAAAUCUAAAUCUCUAAUUUUAUAUUGAAAGUUAUGUGUAUUGUGUUGUUGUUUAUCAUAGUCUUUGUUCUACGAUUGUAACCAAGUAAGUACAUUGACACAUUGUAACUAGUUUUAAGAUGUAUUUUACUGUAAUGAAACUUGACAAAACAUAUUGUUCUU